ACAGACUACCAUUGUCCAUCUAGGUUAUCCCUGCCAACAGGUCUGGAUCCACAGAUCAUGGUUUAUAUACUUACAGUCAUCUGCAUCCUGUCAUCUGUGACAGCCUCAGGUUUUUGUCUUUCAUGCACCCAAUGUGUGAACCUCAAUGGAACUCAAUGUUCUGGAAAAGCUGUCUCCUGCCCAUCCGAUGAAUACACCUGUCUGUCAGCAUAUGGUGUGACCUUCAUGGGAAAUAAAGAAGUAGCACACGUGUUUCUUAGAUUGUGUGAAAACCGCUCACUAUGUAACCAGUUUGGAAGUAUUGGCUUUUCCUCUGGCAGAAUCAAGAGCCGUACCACCUGCUGUUUCAGUGACAACUGCACCCCUCCCAUGCCCACCUUUCCAGUUGAAGUAACUCGAAAAAAUGGGUUAACCUGCCAAACCUGCAUAUCUAUGGCAACAAACUCGUGCAUUCCUACAACGACCAUGGCGUGUUCCGGGGAUGAGACCAGAUGUAUCACACAAGCUAUCACAAGCAUGUCGGGAACCAUUUCUUCAACAAUGGCUUUACGAGGUUGCUCCACAAAGGAGAUAUGUGAAGGAAUUCAAGAAGUAGAUGUGGAAAAUUUUAAAUAUUCUGCACAAGUUACAUGUAGUGAUGGAAAUGACAAACUACAGCUCAGCCGUUUCAUUUUCUUUCUGUCUGUGCUUUUAAUGCUAAGAUAUUGGUAAGAUAUUGGUAACUGUUAACAAGUAAUCAGGAGUCCUGUCCACGUAAACUAUCAGGGUUAUUCAAUAACAUGGGAAUUGCUGGAAAUUUCAAAUUAAUUCAAAUUUAGGUCAACACAGUGUUGUGUUACUGUUACUCUGUGCUGUGU